UACAUAGACUAUCACAGAGACUGCUUGAAGUUAGCCAAAGCUGAUGGAAAGAAAGCCUUCUUCAGUGAAAGCACAGACCUUGGUCUUACUAUUACACUCAGGGCUGUGCUGGAACUGAGCACCUACCUGAUUGAGGAAAUAAAGUUCAAGUAUGUGAUGACUGCUAGGUUCAAUCAGGAUGCCAUAGAGGUAAUUUAAUAUUUGUUUCAGUUUUUACUUGUAAAUAAAUCCCUACCAAGAGAAAUUGAAUUUUGAAAAUUCUUGACAGCAAUACUUUGGAAUGGUGAGGAGCUUCUGUGGCCCUGAUUCACACCCAAACCCUAGGAAAUUUGCCCAGAUACACAAGCUGCUUACCAUAUAUUCCCUUGUGCAGCCACCACCUGGCAGCAAUGUUUCUGGGGUUCAGAAUGUGAAAACAUUAAUGGUAGCUGAGGACUUAGUAGCUCAGUCUGAUGCUGAGCGAAAGGAAAAGAUAGAUACUAUUUUGGAUGAGGUCUUGACCCAUGGUAUGUAGUUUAAAUAGUUAGUCCUAAAAAAGAAAAGUGAAAAAAUUUAUUAAAAGACAAUAAUUUAUUACACAAUCUCUACU